UUGAUACAAAGCAGAUCAUUUCCUAAGAUAUCCGGGUAAAUGUCACUCGUUUUGGGCCUACCCGAAUAAAGGCCUAUCAUACGUGGAUUGUCCUUAUAGUUACAUGCUUACGCAUUUCGAUUAUGGCGGGAAAUGUGGACGUUGAAUCUGUAGUCGACCGAAUCUUCAGGCUGUUCGAUGACCACGGCAGUGAAGAUUACAUAGGGGAGCCGGUUUCGCAGACUGAACACAUGAUCCAAUGUGCUAUGCAGGCAGAGAAGGGUGGUUACGGGGAGGAGGUCAUAUUAGGUGCGCUGCUACACGACAUUGGGCAUCUCGUUGGCAUGGAGCAAGGCUCAUCUCGCAUGGAAACAGGCGGGGUUGCUUUGGGAGCAGCGAAUCAUGAGAUCUUGGGAUAGAGGUUCCUGCUCGACCUCGGUCUUCCGGAAACAGUUUGCAAGCUGGUCAGAGGUCACGUGGACGCCAAAAGAUACUUGGUUUACAAAAACGAAAAAUAUAGAAAACAACUGUCUGAAGCAAGUAAGAUGACGCUUGUACACCAAGGCGGCCCCAUGGAUGCUGAUGAAGCGGCAUCCUUUGAGGCGUCCCCACACCAUGACCUCAUCCUUCAAAUGAGACAAUGGGAUGAAAGGGCAAAGGUCAAGGGGUUACCGAUUGACCCACUCCAGAAGUACAAGGAAAUGUGCAGGAGAGUUGUUGGAAACUGUGGCAAAGUGUGAAUGAUUUAAUGGAUUUGACGAAUUUUCAUUAAUUCAACAGCAAUUGAUUGCUGUGAAGAUCAACCAUGCCGUUUGGAUUUAUCUUACGUGACGAUUUCUUGCCUUUAAACGAAGUUGGGAUUGUUUGACGUCAUCAAUUACCAUUUUUGCAUUAUAGUCCUAUCAAUCCCAAAUGAUGUGUUUUUCACUGGUUUUUGCAAACAAAAAAGUGUGACAUAAAUAUUUCAUAAAUUUAUUGUAGGCCUAUUAUUAUCCGAUGUCGAUGAAAUGAUCAUGGCAAUGCUCGUAUUUCUUUUUGCCUUUGCAUUCAAAUAUAUAUAUAUAUAUAAUUUUACAUUUCGCUUCAGCGUCUCUUCAAUCCCCUCUCUCACUGGAAAUUAUGGUUUAUGGCCAUCCUUUCCCCGGACAAGUUCCCGCCUUACACACACACAUGCAACCUCUCUCUCUCUCUCUCUGUCUCUCACUUUCUUACUAUAUGUUUGUCCCACCCCCUUCUCUCUUUUUCUUAUUAUUUUCAAACCUAUGCCUUCUCUCGAAGACUAAUUUUAUGUAUUAUGCAUUUUGUCUUACAC